GCCGCCCGCCAGCUCCCAGGGCCUGGCCCGCGCGGUGCCCGCGCUCUCCCGCCCGGCGAUGGCCCCGCUCGGGUACUUCUUAUUCCUCUACGGCCUGAAGCAGGCACUGGGCAGCUACCCGAUCUGGUGGUCCCUGGCCAUCGGACCCCAGUACUCAUCCCUGGGCAUGCAGCCCAUUCUCUGCGCCAGCAUCCCAGGCCUUGUACCCAAGCAGCUGCGCUUCUGCCGAAACUACGUGGAGAUCAUGCCUAGCGUGGCGGAGGGCGUCAGGAUUAGCAUCCAAGAGUGCCAGCACCAGUUCCGCGGCCGACGGUGGAACUGCACCACCAUCAACAACAGCCUGGCCAUCUUCGGCCCCGUGCUGGACAAAGCUACCCGUGAGUCCGCCUUCGUGCAUGCCAUCGCUGCGGCGGGCGUGGCCUUCGCGGUGACGCGCUCUUGUGCCGAAGGCUCUGCCGCCAUCUGCGGAUGCAGCAGCCGCCACCAGAGCUCACCGGGAGAAGGCUGGAAGUGGGGCGGCUGCAGCGAGGACAUUGAGUUCGGUGGAAUGGUGUCUAGGGAGUUUGCGGACGCUCGGGAGAACAGGCCAGAUGCCCGCUCCGCUAUGAACCGUCACAACAAUGAGGCCGGGCGCCAGGCCAUCGCCAGCCACAUGCACCUCAAGUGCAAGUGCCACGGGCUGUCGGGCAGCUGCGAGGUGAAGACCUGCUGGUGGUCGCAGCCGGACUUCCGGGCCAUCGGUGACCUCCUAAAGGACAAGUACGACAGCGCCUCGGAGAUGGUAGUGGAGAAGCACCGCGAGUCGCGCGGCUGGGUGGAGACGCUGCGGCCACGCUACACCUACUUCAAGGUGCCCACGGAGCGCGACCUGGUUUACUACGAAGCCUCGCCCAACUUCUGCGAGCCCAACCCCGAGACCGGCUCCUUCGGCACGCGAGACCGCACCUGCAACGUGAGCUCGCCGGGCAUCGAUGGCUGCGACCUGCUGUGCUGCGGCCGCGGCCACAACGCGCGCGCGGAGCGGCGCCGGGAGAAGUGUCACUGUGUCUUCCACUGGUGCUGCUACGUGAGCUGCCAGGAGUGCGCGCGCGUCUACGACGUGCACACCUGCAAGUAGCGGCGCGCUGGGCGCUGGGCUCCUCCCUGGGUGGGGCGGGGCUCCGGGGGGACCGGGCAGCUCAAGGAUGGUGGGGAGGCCCCUCUCUGGGGGCGGGGCUCCCAAGCUGGGGAUUCAGCCACCUCCUCCAACCGAGCUCACCUGUAAGGUUCUGUCCACCCCCGUUCUGUGUAGAGUAGUUCUUCUGGUACAACAGCCGCCAAGACCCCGUGGGGUGGCAUCCUGUCCCCCAACCCCUUCCUCUGAAGCCUGGGGACCGCCCUCCAAGUCUGGCGUUCUGGAAAGGUUCGGGUGCCCGGAGGCCUGUGGCACCUGCUCCCUGGCCUGGCAUCUGCCAGCUAUCCGGACCAGGAACCCUACAGAGAAAGCCUAUGUCCUGCACAGCCCCAGGAACCAGCUGGGCCUGGGGGAGGCAGGGGCCUGGUGGCAGGAGGGGAGAACGCUGGGCCCUGAGACCUGGCUCUGCCCUGGCUGACAUCAGACACUCAGGCACUCUUCUCAAUGAGUGAUCUUGCUGUUGGCCAGGCCCACUCUCAGCCUGGUCAACUGUGCCCUCUACUUUGUGGCUGACAGAACAUCCCACUGUGGGACCCUCCUGCACAUCUUCCUUCGGUCUCUCACCUACACCCAUCCCAUCCACAGGAGAGGGGCACAGCCUCCUUUCCUCCAGGCCCAGCCCUGCCCUGCCUCUUGGCCUCUUGGCCUCCAGUACAUCCCCCACCUCCUUCUUCCACAGCCCAGACCCCAAGUCUGCCCAGGGUCACUGGCCUGCACCACCCCAGCUCCAUCAUCCUGCCUUGGAGGCUCAUUUGGGGUGGAGUUGGGUUGUGUGAGAGGUUUUGGCGGGAGGAGCCACGCUCAUGCUGAACACAUUAGACCCGCAGCCCCCAGAGGGGUGGUCUUCCCUCCCAGCCCUCGUGAUUAGGACAGAUACCUGGGUCCUCCUGCUACAGCCAGACCUGUCACACUGGCCACGAUCAUGGAGCGUCUCACUGGCACUCAGCCCUCACUUCUGACUCAUCCACCUGGCCCAGGAAGGACUGGCCGCUGGAUCCCUCUGCCAGGGCCCACACCAGCUUAGCCUCUGCCACUGUGAAAUGUCUCCAGCCCCAGUCCCCAAGGGCCCACCUUCCAGGCAGGGGAAGGAGACAGGUGAGGCAGGGAUGACCUGCACACCCGGCAGGACUCGAUCUUCCUCUGCCUUGAAUUUUACGUUUUGGGUUUUAAUUUUAUUUCCAAUGCUGCUA